CAAUGACAUUAUAUUGAACUUGAUCGUGCAUGCGUGUGUAGUUUUACCAGUACCGUGAGAAGCUUUAUUGGAUAUGGCUGCUAUAGUACAAGGGAAGGUUAAUUCAUUAGGCAUCAAAACACUUUCCCUUACCAUAUCCACAAAAGUACUCACAGCUUCUUCAUUCCGUCCUGUCUGGCCAAACCCACCAAUCAGUGCGUUCCAAGUAACAAUACUUCUCUCUGGCAUUGUUUUAAACAAGGAAAGGUCUUCCUCAAAUUCAUGUUUCUUUAGGUACCACCUUAUCAAAUUGGCAAUAGAAGCAACGUUUGGAUCUCUAGUAUCAUCAAAGCUUCUACGAGCAUCCAUCAACGUGCUCAGCUUCACAUACGUCGUGUUGAAUGGUGAAAACCACAUGGAUGAAAGGUGCUGAGCUAGAGUCGUAUAAACUUAGAGAGCAAGAGAGUAUUUUGGAGAUAUGAAAAGAAGAAUAAACUUGAGGAGCAAUCCUCAAGUUUAUGACUUAAGAGAAUAGUAAUAAGUGCAUUCUAAGAAAAGAAAAGUUGCACUUAAUGUUAUGGAAGAUGUCCAUAUCCAUGUUGCCUUGGAGACUAGGAUUUCGAGAACGUGAAGAAUAACUAUAGGAUAGAUAUGGGUAGUCUGUAGAGAGACAGAUACACAUAGGCUGAUCUUAUAGAGAGAGAGAUAAGUUCUUGGAAGUGUUUUGAGGUCGUGCUGAAGCAGUGACUGAAGUACUUGACGAAAGAGAGACAUAAGCGAAUAGCUUAUAAAUCUUUCAGUAGCGUGUGUUAGGUGUUAACACUAGACAUGUAAAAUCUAAAUUAAACAGAUCAUGUAAUAGAUUGUUUAAAGGAGAUUUUAAUAAAGCAUAAUGUUUACGUGUAUUGUUUUGUCUCUUAGUUUACUUUUUGCACUACUAUUGUAGUAUCAUCUUUGCACUACUAUUGUAGUAUCAUCUUUGCACUAAAAGACUUUUGAAAGCAUGGAUUUAUUGGGAUUUUUGCAAAUAUGACUUAAAAUUUGAAGUCAAACUCAAAACUAGCCCAUGUUUUUUUUGAACUUUGACUUGCCUCUUUCAUCCCUAAAGUUCAGAUUAUUCACGAAAAUGCCAUCACUUUUUUUUUUUUUGAAAAUGCAUAUUUUACUCUAUCACCCUCAUUUUCCUCAAGUAUUCACAAUAUUGCCAUUUCCAUCAAUACACCAACCACCAUGAACAACCAAUUUGAAGCUCUUAAUGCACCUAAAAAAUCGAUUUACGCUCUUUCUUUCUCAAUUCUUAUGAACUAAAAACAUAUUUUUCACUUUCUCUCCAUAUUCAUCCACAAAAACCCAAGAUGAUUCUAAAUUUUUAAGGUUCAUAGAGCAAUUGAAGCUUACGAUUCUUGAUGGGUCACUUUUGUUUCAGAUUUUGGGUGCUUGGAAAAGACUUAUGUGUGCUAAACAAAUUAUCUCACUGGUUGAAACUAUAUUAGUGUAUUAAUGUAUUGUGUUUCAUACAAGACUAUAUCUUCAUAUAUUUAGUGAUUAGCUUUAACAUAUUGCUAACGCCAUAUAAUGUAAAUUUUCCUAAUCCAAAUAUAACACAUGGAGAAAUAUCUAUUAAUAAUAGGAAUCUUAACUAAUGUUAAAGAUUGUGUCUUUUCAUUUUAGAGGUUCAAUUGAUUCUUAAGGGGUUAUCAAAAUAUUAAAGAUUGUAUCUUUUCAUUUUACAAGUUGCAUUGAAUUUUAAGAAGUUGUCAAAAUACUAAAAGGUUGUGUCUUUUCAUUUUAGAUGUUGCAUUGAUUUUUAAGAGGUUAUCAAAAUACUGAAAGUUGUAUUUUUCAAUACAACUUUCAUAUUGUGUAUAUUUUCAUUUAGAGAUUGUAUUAAUUUUUAAGAAGUUUUCAAAAUAUUGAAAGAUUGUGUUUUUCGUUUUAGAGGUUGUGUCUUUUUAUCUUAGAGAUUGCAUUAACUUUUAAGAGAUUGUCAAAAUUUUUAAGGAUGUGUCUUUUCAUUUUAAAGGUUGCAUUAAUUUUAAUGAGGUUAUCAAAAUAUUAAAAAGUUGUGUUUUUUUUAUUUUAGAGGUUGCGUUGAUUUUUAAUAUGUUAUCAAAAUAUUGAAAGUUUGUGUAUUUUCAUCUUAGAGGUUGCAUUGAUUUUUUUAAAGGUUAUCAAAACAUUUAAGGAUGUGACCUUUCAUAAUGAUAAUGUUUUAUCAAAUUGCAUAGAUUUAUAAGCAACUAUCAUUUCAUCUAAGGGUGUAUUUUUAUUCAAAAAUUUUAAGAGGUUAUUAAAAAUGUCUAAAUAUAUGUCUAUUCAUUCUAAAAUUUGCAUACGUUUUAAUUGUCUUUUCUUUUCUUUCAUUUUCAUAUCUAUUUUAUAUAAAUUUUAAAUAAUCUUAAAACUAUUUUAAAACAUCCUGAUCAUAAUUCGGUUUGUUGGUUAAUUUACUUAUUAUCUAAAUUAUAUAUUAAGAAGUUAAAUAUAUGAUUUUCAGUUAUAUAUUAUGGUUUAUAUUAUCAUGUUCCGGUGAAUUUCAUUUUAUUUGGUUUGGUUAAAUUAUUGUGUUUCAAAUAAAAUAACUAAGCUUUUUUAGACAACAAUAUUUAUUGAUAGAUAAGUAUUAUCAAAAUGUAAAAGAAAAAUAAAUAUAUAUAUAUACACACACACAAUAUAUAUGCACUUUUUCAUUUAUGCAUGAAUAUUAUACACAUGUUGUUUAUCUGUUGAAUCUCUGAUUACAGUUAAAUGAGAAAACAAUUAUUAGAGAUUUAAAGGAAUCCUGCAACCGUUUAAAUGAACUAUAACAAUUACUUAGAUGAAUAAUUACAACUUAUUAAAUGAAACAUUGCAACAAUCAAUGAUUAGAAUUUUUGGUGAUUGACCGUUGUAAUUUUUUUGCAAGAAACCAUUGUAGUUGUUGGUAAUUGUAUCUUUUAGUGAUUAUAGCAUUUGUUGAUUGUAAAUUUUAUAAUAAAUCAUUGCAAUUGUGGUGUUAACCAUUGCAAUCAUUAACUAAUCAUUGCAAUGUUCGGUUGUCAAUUUCUAUAUAAGAUACAUAUACUGGAAAAAUGUGCGUGUGAUUUGCUGAGGCGGACAUGUUUAGGUAUGGGCAUUUGGGAUCCCAAUCGGGUUUCGGUUUUGUCCAAUCGGGUCUCGGUUUUUCGGAUUUAUCAAAAUCAGUCUCAUUCGGAUUAUAUAAAAGUUCUGUUCGGGACCGGUUCGGGUUUUAUCGGGUUCGGAUCGGGUUUAGUAAAUCUUCAAAGAACCGGUACAACCCAGUGUACUUUCGGGUUUUGGGUUCCAACCGGUUCUUUGGUUUUAAAGUACUUGAUUUAUACUUAUUUUGUAACCAAAACAUAAGUAAAAUCGGUUCUUCAAGUUUAAAGUACUUGAUUUGUACAUAUUUUAUAACCAAAACAUAAGUAAAAUCGAUUUUAAAAAUAAGAAAAAAACAUCAAACAUGAUAAUUCAAAAUCAAAUGAAAGGUAAACAUUGUUAUUGAUACUUGAUAGAAAGAAAACCUAUAAAUGAAAUCAUAAAACUAAAAAUUAAGUUCUCAUGAAAUGAAAAAAAAUUAUUCAAUGAAAAUAAAACCAAAAUCUAAAAAUUUCAAGCCUUAAUCGCCACUUUCAACCAUCAACAUUCAUGUAGUAGAUCGUUAUUGUAGAUGUUUAAUAAUAUCUUAGUGUAUUUUGGCUACAUAUCAGGAAUUGAUAUCAUGUUUGGUACAAGUUUUAUUUUGGAAUUUUGAAUGUUUCGAGUUCAAUCGGAUAUCCAUUUAAUUUCGGGUUCGGUUCGGAUAAUACCCAUAACCCGAAAUACUAUAAAACAAGAUCCAUUCGGUAUUUAUGUCGGAUUCGGAUCGAUUCGGAUCGAUUCGGAUUCAUUUUUAUCGGAUCGGGUUCGGUUCAGAUUUUUGGGUUCGGUUUAUUUGCCCAGCCCUAGACAUGUUACUGAACAAGAUCUCUUAAAAUUACAAUGUUAAGUAUUCUUACAUCGCUUUAAAAAAUAGUGAAUAUCUUGCAUGUCAUUAUAAUUUAUCUUAUUAAUUUAGUGAAUGUUUAGAUUUCAAUGUGUGUUUGUUUUUAAUUAGUUUCAAAAAUAUUAAGUUGUAUUAGAAUAACUUGCCUAUUAGAGGUUUUUAUUUAUUGGAAUUAACGUAUUUAUAUUUUAGUUAUUAUCUAAACUAUAAAAAUAUACAUUUUUAGUAAAAGAGGAAAUAUAGAUACAUGUAAUUUACGUUGUAACAAAGGAACUUUCUUAAAAAUGAAAAUAAACAACUUUUAUACAAAAAGUAAAGGUUAUAAAUUGUAAUAUGCCUUGUGUCACAAAGUAAAGUUUUACAAAUUCAAGUUUUUUUUUUUUUGUCUUCUCUCAUCCACAGACUAAAGUUGACUAAUGAAACAAUUUUACAAGACUAGAGAUAAUCUGUCUUCUCUCUUCCAUAUAUACACUAAAAGACUGCUUAAAAAGCUGCAUGUGCGCACCGGCGGAGCCAGCUUAUUGCCAUGUGGGUCAGUUGACCCUUGUGGAUUUCUGAAUAAAAAUUUUUUUACAUGUAUUUUAAUAUAUGUUGAUCAUGAAUUGACCCUCAUAAAAACUUUUCAUAGUUCCACCACUGCAUCUGCAUCUCCUUUCUCUUAAACAAAAAUCCUCUUUGUAUCAGCGGACUUGCAGGUUUUGGUAGAUUUUACUUGAUCAAGAAUCUACAUCACUUAGAUCUUCUUGAGGCUUUAUCAACUGCGUUUGGUUGCAGACGCAUGAUGGACUGGAGAUUGCUUAUAGAUGCAGCUAAAGGAGAAACUAAUCUCCUUAAUCUUGCCAGGUUUCAUCAUUCGGAUUUCGACAAGGUAACACCACAUAAGAACAACGUUCUUCACAUUGCAGCUAAGCAUCAGAGGUUUGACUUCGCUGCAGCCAUACUUGUUCUUCGCCCAUCUCUCCUCUUGGGAGAAAACAACAAUGGAGACACACCAAUACACGUUGCAGCUAGAGUAGGCUCCUUUCAAGUUUUACAACUUCUUGUCAAUUCAGCCAAUUUAGAUGUCGAAAACCGGGGAUUAACCAAGCAGCUAUUGAGGACUACUAAUAAGCAGAACGACACAGCUUUAAGUGUUGCAUUAAAGAGUGGGCACGUCGAUGUAGCUAAGCUCCUAGUUGACCAAGACACAGGAUUGCUAGAUAUGGCCAAUAACAGCAAUGAAUCUCCUUUGUACUUAACUAUUGAAAGAGGACUUUUCGAAAUUGCUGAUCAUAUUUUGGCAAUAUCACCUUCCGUUUCGGGUACAGGGCCUAAAGGUAUGAAUGCUCUGCAUGCCGCUGUGGAUUCGGACAUUGUCAAUACUGGUUUCUUGACAAAACUGAUGGAGACAAGACCGGAAAUGAUCAAAGAAGUGGACAGUUUGGGAUGGACACCUCUUCAUUAUUCAGUCUGGCUUGGCAAAGUGGCAAUAACUCGACUUUUGCUUCAACAAGACAGCUCGGCUGCUUAUAUAUCAGACAAGGAAGGACAAUGUCCGCUUCAUCUUGCUGCCUCUACUGGUCAGAUUGAAGCUUAUAGAGAGCUUGUUGGUAGCUGUCCUUACGUUUGGGAACUAGUUGAUGGUAAAGGAAGAACAUCUCUUCACUCUGCAGUCAUAUCAAGAAAAAGAGAAAUCAUUGACUGUAUUCUAGAGAUGCCUGAGAUCUCUCUUCAUCUGUUGAAUGAAAGCGAUGUAGAUGGAAACACGCCUCUCCAUCUAUCGGUCGUUUACAAAUGGCAAGCCGUCUUACUGCUUCUUUUGGAAAACAAGCGAGUGGAUAAGUUUGUUAUGAACCGUAAUCACUUAACAGCUGCGGAACUCUUUUACUCUCAGAAUCAAGAGAUUAGUUACGAGGUGACGAUGGCGUACUAUGCACUGCAAAGAUACUACAAGCAACCGUCUCAGCGACAGAACAUCGAGACAAAGAAGAAGCAAGAAAAAGCAGAUGUUGAAGAAAGCAAUGCAAGAACAAUGUACGAGAUUCAUCUUCUAGUCGCGGUUCUUGUGGCAACAGUAGCAUUUGCGGCGGCAUUCCAGAUACCUGGUGGUUACAAACCGGACGGUACACCUACAUUGAUGGAAGAAGCAGCUUUCAAAUGUUUCUUGGUGUUUGACACAAUCGCCUUCUGCUUCUCUGUAACUACUGUCUACUUCUUGUUCUAUGCUUCGAGACACGGGUUUCGAGCACGUUCUUCUUUCCUCUACAUGUCUUGUCUGUUGAUGGUUGUGUCACUGAUCGCAAUGGCCUCAGCGUUUGUAUCAGGGAUGUAUCUGAUUUCAUCCAAGUCGAGACUGUUAGCCCUUGUACCUUUCGUGAUGGCUGGAACCUUCGUCUUGCACGCUUUCAUCUACUGGUUCUUUGAUCCACGCGGCGGCUACGUCCUUGUCCUUGAACGACCUCGCCAGUUUUUUAGGAAGCUAUUCUUCCAAAACCCAUUGUAUCAUGUUUUUGUUUGGAACUGAGUUUGUGUAAGAAUCAAGAAUAAUAAACACUUUUUACCUUCUGAUAAAUCAGACCUAUACAAAUGCUUUUUUUUUUCUUUC